AUGGCGACUCAGCCAAGUUUUGGUUUGGUUAGUCAGAAGGGAAAAAACCUGCUGGAACAUGAAGGUUACGUGUACCGUUUCGAAAGACAAUCGACGGACAAAUCAACUUGGCGAUGUGUCGAAGAGAAAGCAAAGUCUUGCAAGGGACGCUUGUGGAAGCACGGAGAUGGAUCACAUACUCUGAGGCAAGAACACAGUCAUGCUCCUAAUUACGGUGAUGUCGAGAAGCGUAAAACUCUGCAAAAUAUCAGAGAAGACGCAAAAAAAUCCUUCGGCAACCCCUGCCAGUUGGUUUCCCAGCGACUGUCAGAAAUGGCACCAGGAACCUCUUCAUCCCUUCCACCGGUGCAUCAAAUGAAACGAACCGUGAAUUAUGUUAGGAAGAACGAAAAUCUUCAGAAUCCUCGAUCAAUGCUGUCCCUCGAAAUUCCCGACGAAUAUAAGGUCGAUCACGAAGGAAACGAUUUCCUCCUCCACGACGAUGGGCCUAACGCGACUAACGACCGCAUCAUCGUGUUCGGCUCGCAAGAAUGUCUGCAAGCUUUAAAACGAAACAAUCUUUGGCUCAUGGAUGGUACAUUCAGAACGGCUCCUCAACUCUUCUAUCAGCUAUACACCUUCAAUGUAAUCGAAAACGACUUCUGUUACGUCGCACUGUAUUGUCUCCUGACCUCCAAACAAAAGAGGAGCUACCUCCGCUUGUUGGAAAUUGUGAAGAAUCUUGUCGGAGACGACUGUGGAGUGAGAUUCGCGAUGGUCGACUUCGAAAUUGCCUAUAUUCAGGCUUUUUCUGAGAUUUUUCCCGAGGUUGAUAUACACGGGUGCUACUACCAUUUCUGUCAAUCUGUUUGGCGGCGCAUACAGAGCAUUCCUGCGGUAUGCAAAAAAUAUCGAUCGGACGCGAAUUAUUCUUUCAACAUCAAGCAGCUGAUGGCUCUAGCCUUUGUCCCGACUGAGCGAGUGUAUGAAUAUUUCGAGAUCUUGCGAGACAGAUAUCAGUUUAACUUGAAAUCUCAACCGAAGAUGAACUCUCUCGUACUCGUCGCCUUCGCCGCUCUCGUCGCUGCCGCGUCCGCCGGCCACCUCGGUCUUGGCUACGGUCUCGGAUACGGUCAUGGAGUGGCCCACGUCGCCCAUGUGGCAUCUCCCAUCAUCGCCCCGGUCGUAGCUCCCGUCGCAGUCCAUCACGGAUACGCUCGUUCCCACUCGUACUCGUCGGCCAUCAACCACGGCGCUGUCGUUGGCAAGGCUAUCGCUCCCGUGGCCGUCGCCGCCCCCGUUGCAGCCUACGGUAUCGGACACGGUCUCGGACUCUACGGAGGCUACGGAUACGGACAUAAACUCUGGUAGACGCUCGCGUUCGCUCCUCGAGAUCAGCUCACCAAAGAAUAAAUUGAAAAAC